AUGAAUUUAACAGGCAGAAUGACAGAUUUUGGUGAUCAGAAUCGUUAUGACUAUGUUAACAGCACCUCUGUAUCCCAUAUUGGUAAUGGCACAUUUAGAGAUAUCCAGGAGAUUAUCCACACUGCUACACUAGUCACCUGCACUUUUCUCUUGGUAAUCAUCUUUUGCCUGGGAUCAUAUGGGAAUCUGGUUGUCUUCUUAUCAUUCUUUGACCCAGCCUUUAGAAAAUUCAGGACCAACUUUGACUUCAUGAUCCUGAACCUGUCCUUUUGUGAUCUCUUUAUUUGCUGUAUAUCUGCCCCAAUGUUUGCUUUUAUAUUGUUUUUUGAGACUGGUAGCAAUGUUCCUGAAGCUUUCUGCUUCACCUUCCAUCUCACUAGCUCUGGAUUUAUAAUUAUGUCUCUUAAAACAGUUGCUGUAAUUGCUCUUCACCGGCUAAGGAUGGUGCUUGGUCAGCAACCCAACAGAACAGCUUCUUUCCCUUGCACUUUAAUGUUGACAGUUCUCUUGUGGACUACAAGCUUUACCCUGGCCACAUUAGCCACACUAAGGACUCGUAAGUCUCGUAUAUGCCUUCCUAUGUACAGUUUAAUCAGCGGAGAGGGAAAAAUUAUCUUAUAUCUGUAUGUCAUUGAUUUCACAUUUUGUGUUGCAGUUGUGUCAGUGUCCUACAUUAUGAUAGCCCAAGCCCUAAGAAAAAAUGCUCAAGUUAGAAAAUGUCCAGUUAUUACUGUAGAUACAACUAGGCCACAACCAUUUAUUGGACCAGCAGUAGAUGGAGUGCAGUGUACUGUACCAGCUUUGUACAGGAACCAGAAUUAUAACAAAUUGCAGCAUGUGCAAACACAUGCCUACACCAAAAAACUUAGCCAAAUGCCAGUGCCAGCUAGCCGACUACAGCUUGUCUCUGCAGUUAACCUUUCUACUGCAAAAGACUCAAAGGCUGUAGUGACCUGUGUUGUAAUUGUACUUUCAGUUUUAAUUUGUUGUUUACCAUUGGGGAUCUCGCUGGUUCAAGAUGUUCUUACCAGUAGCAGCAGCUUUAUCCUGUACCAGUUUGAACUUUGUGGAUUUACUCUAAUAUUUUUAAAAUCUGGAUUGAACCCCUUUAUCUAUUCACGUAACAGUGCUGGGUUGAGACGGAGGGUUCUCUGGUGCAUUCAAUAUGUUGCCCUCGCUUUUCUAUGCUGCAAACAUAAAACAAGAUUACGGGCGAUGGGAAAAGGAAGUUUGGAAGCCAACAGGAAUAAGUCAUCACACCACGAAACAAAUUCAGCAUAUAUGUUAUCUCCAAAACCACAAAAAAAGUUUGUUGAUCAAGCUUGUGGUCCAAGUCACUCUAAAGAUAGUGUUCUGAGUCCCAAAGGAUCCGCUGGAUAUCAGCAUUAUGCACAAAGCAGCUCUACUCCAAUAAAUACCAGAAUAGAACCCUACUAUAGCAUAUAUAACAGUAGUCCUUCCCAAGAGAUCAGCACUCCAAACAGCCUGCAACCAGUAAACUCUACAUUUGGAUUUGCCAAAUCAUAUAUUGCCAUGCAUUACCAUACCGCUAAUGACUUAAUGCAGGAUUGUGAGAGCACGUCUGCUAAACAGAUACCUGUGCCAUCAGUGUAG